AAGCAUUCCCAUGUCGACUGUAUAGCCACUAUAAAGCUCUCUCCAGCUAAUCCGAUAAGAUGGCAGACACACACGUCGAACGAAUACACCUGUAUCAAUUAUCUAUAGUCUAUGGCUUAUUGUUAUUCCUACUGAUUUCUCCAUGUCAUUUAUUUCAUAGGCAAACUUUAUUACGUCAUUCACCUCCAUCCUAACGCUGACAGUCAUUGCUAUUCAGUCUGUGCAAUUAUCACCGUUCAAAUCUAAUGAACAAAUUGAAUGUUCUCUAUUUACUUCAUCGUCACUUCUUCGAGACCAAGUUCGUCAUUCAAUUCUGUAAACGCAUCAGUAACUUAAAUACUUCCUCAAAAGCUCCGCUAAUUCCCGAUGUAUUAUAUACCUUCCUAAAAUGGCAAGCGACAUUACAAUGUUAUCAAAAUUUUUCGAAAGUUUUAUUUUUGUGCCGCAAUUGGUUUCUGGUUUUACUUAAAUUAAUAUUCCACGAUGAUUGAAACAAUGGCAAUAUUGCUAUCACUCUUAGCUGUAACGUCGUUUUUCCUAGACUUCUCUCCGAUGCAGAAGGCCUAUUAUGUUCACUAUCGUGCACCACAUCGAAGAAUGCAUCCAUUCAAGGGUACUUUCGAGCCAAGGUUUUAUCAUUCACUGAUCAAGCUCAGCAAAGAAAGUAAUGCUGGUAGAUUAUUGAGAGAAUCGAGUAAUCGCUUCUCUACAUUGUUUAGAAUAGUUCCGACUGAUUACUUAACAAAUCAAUAUAGCAAAAACAUGUCAAUUUACGAUAAUCUCAUACAGACACUUAAAGAUAGGGGUUUUGAUACUGGCAAGCGAGCAAAAACAAUUUAUUUUUCUACACUACCUCUAGUUUUCUUGGAGGGAUCAAGUAUAAACAACAUUUCACACUAUUACUGCUAUAACGACAAGGAUGAAAUUGAAAUUGUUCUGUGGGAAGUCCAUAAUUCUAGUGGAGACAGACAUAUUUAUAUCUUAGAUCACAGAUCAGACCAAGUGAGUCGGAAAUCAAUAUCAUCUGAGUAUACAUAUUGUGCUACUGUUCCGCGGUCAUUUUACAUUAGUGCAGUUGACAACAGGAAGGGCUUCUACCGUUUUUCUUAUACGUUACCAAUCCAUAAAACAGAGGAGGGAACUAAAGAGAUCCAAUCCCCACGGUCAAAAGUAACGUUGUUCGACGAACGCAUGCAAGCACUCACGACCACCCGUUUAAUACCGGAGAGUGAACCCAUACCAAUCACUUUCCAAUCAACGAUCGCUAUGAUCUUCAAAAGGCCUCUGCAAGAUCUCUCGAUCUUAUUGACAUUAUUGCGACAAGUAUACUUCAUUACCAUUGUCCAGAAGGUCAGAAUUAAUCGUAAUGUACCUCAAGGCAUUACACUUAACAGGAAACAUGGUAUGCCAACUCAAUCGAGCAAUGAGGCCGGUGUACUUGGUUGGACAGAUGAGGAUAUGCUCGCAAGUCACGCUCGCAGGGUAUUCGAGAAAGCAUUAGCCAGAGCUUUGAAUGAGUCGCACAGAGACCUCAAAGUGGUAAUUAAAUACACAGAUAAGCAUAUUCCAGGAACACAUUUGGAAACACCCGAAUCUAAAACUGAACUCACUUUGCUGGUAAGAAGCUGGGAAUUUUACAAACAAAUCAUAGUUGCUCCAAACGCUGACUAUAUAUACAAUGUUCUAAUGGAGAGAUGUGAAGAUCUUGUUAGAGCAUCAGAUGGUCGACGUUUUUAUGAGCUAUUGCGAGACCUCAAGACUGAUUCACAUUCAUGGAUGUACACACGAAUUAGGGAGUGGUUCGUCAAGUUAACUUGCAUUAAAGAUAGUGAGAACAAUAGCAAAGUGAAUUUCUCACUGUCAGUCAAUAAGAACUAUUUGGACGACUCAUGGAAAACGAUCUUCGUCGCUUUUUGCAUCUUCCUCGAAUACAAAGUAUUGCAGCUUUUCUAUCUAAUUGUUGGAAUCACGCCGGCAGAAACUCAAGUGCCUUGGAGACCUAUCAAGCGGCUACAAUAAUGCAAUAUAUUUUUUCUAUCAUAUCAUCGUCUAAUUUAUUUCCUGCAUGUAACACACGAUCAUUGCGUCAUUUGUAUUUUCUUAAAUCAAC